AUGAAUAGAUUUAACAAUAUUCGAUCACCAUCAGCAUUUCAAAAGGUAAUAGAUAAAGUAUUUUCAAAAUCUACUUUUACUUCAUCAACUACAGCCACAAACGCCGUUUCACCAAUUGAUCAAAAUGAAAAUAAUAUUAAACUUUCAAACAUUACAAUUGAUAAUUUAAUCACAAAUAUUAAAAAAAUGAUAAACCAUGAUAAUAAAUCAAAGAAAUUUGAAGCUUCAUUAUAUACUGAUUUAGGCAAUUGGGCUAAUUCAUCAUCUGUUCCGAAUUAUGAAAGUUCAAUGGUAUUAAGAACUUAUGCAAAUUUAAUUUUACAAAAUAAUAAUAAUUUCAAAAUGUCCAUGAUUGACAAACUUGAAAAGUUGAAGGUUUCGCUUCUUGAUGUUUCAAAUAGAGAGACAAAACAGAGGAAUUUAAUUAAGGAUAAGAUCAAAUUAGAGUCACAAUUAAGAGAAUCACGAAAUAAAUUUGGUGUAAAAGCUAGUAAAACAAUAUUACUUGAAGAGAAAUUAGAAGAAGUUAACGUUGCUUUGAAUGUAGUUGAAUCCCAACUUGUUAAACUGAUAAACAAUGAUUUAAAAGACAGUUUAAUUGAUUAUGCUUUACAAUUGAAUUUUCAAGCUGGUAAAUUACAAGCAGCAAGUGAUGAUUUUAUAACAUAUUUGACAUCAUUAGAAAAUAACAAGAAUGGAAAUGGAAAUGAUAAUGAUAAUGAUAUAGCUAGAGUAUCACCAAAUAAAUAUCAAAGAAAAGAAGAUAGAGAAAAUAGAGAAAAUAGAGAUCAUAGAAAUGGAGGUAUUGAUUUAAGAAAUUAUGAUUUACCUACUCCUCAGUCAUUAUGUCCUGAGUGCAAUAGAAAGAAUACAAAUAUUCCUUGUUCAAUUCAUAAAGAUACAUUAAAACAAAAUCAUUCACAUUCACAAUUUGAUCAUUUAAGAAAUUCAGAUGCAAUUGGAGAAUUGUCUUAUCAAUCAAGUGAACAUUGGAAUUAA